GCAAGAACGGGUUGUUAUAUAGAGCGAAGGCAUCUGACCGCCUUUAUUCUCCAAACUUCUCUUUCUGGAAGAGUACGAAACAGAAAACGCUGCCAAUAUGAGACUGUACCUCGCUGUUGCUGCGCUGAUGCUCGUGCUUCUUGCGCACGCAGAGGCACAAGAGGAGCCCACAAUAGAGCAGCACUUUGCCACCUUCCAGACGAAAGUCAUGGAGCUGGGAAAGGAUCUGUCCGAGAAGGCCACAGCUGCCUUCAAGAAGCUGGAGGAGAGCGAGUUUGCCACUAAGACCAAGAGUUGGCUCGAUGAGCAGGUGACUAAGUUAAAGGACGCCUUCAGCAAGUAAACCCACCACAACCCAAGACGGGAUGAUCUGCUCACUUUUUGAACUAGUUCAAUGAGCAGAUGAGUAAGUUAAAGGAUGCCUUCAGAACAUAAACCCACCCACCAUAACCCAAGACCCCUGCAGUCCCAGACGAUGUGAUAUUGCUACGCUUCACUGUGCUUAACAGAGCCAGCCGUUACAGCCGUCACACUCUGGGAUGAUCUGCUCACUUUUUGUAUGAUCUGUGCAAUAUCUUGUCAUUUUCCAUCAUCAUCAAGUGAUAUCAAUGCUGUCAAAUUCAAGAAAUGUGCCAAUAAAUACUGAAAAUAAUAAGAAAGAA